AACACCAUCCAUCAUUUUCGUCUUUGCUUCUGAUUCAGUCAAACUGUCACUCUUUUUAAUAUUCAUUUUUAAUCCAUACAUUCGUAAACCCUAAUUCUCAUUUUCAUGGGAAGCAAGAGACGCGAUAAUCCUACUGCAUUCAAUCUCCGUCCGGCAGCCGCCGAUGAAUCCGGCGAAGGAUUACCUUACGCGCCAGAAAAUUGGCCGGAACCUGGCGACAUCUGGGGAUGGAAAACCGGAAAGAGACUUCAACACAACGGAUGUUUUCAAGAUCGGUACCUUUAUCUUCCGAUGCGGUUGAGUCGAGCUGAGAAAGGAGCUUCAAACCGUAAACAUAGACACAUCUUUGCAAGCAAACUCUCCGUUGAACGCUACAUCAGAGCCACUUUUCCUAACGCCGAUGUUAAUACCUUUUUCUCUUCUUUCACAUGGAGGAUUCCUGCUCUUCACGCUUCUCCAAACGGAGGCAAUGUGGUGCCCAUAGCUGCUGUACCUCUUCAACAGGUAGCACAGGUAAUAGAUUCGGGCUCUGAUGAAGACGGGACUGAUGUUGUUAGGUGCAAAGGGUGGAAUAAAAUGUGUGACAGCCUGAAGUUCGAAGUAGUAGAAAAAUAUUCGCCAGCCAUGCCUUGUGAUGUAUGCUGUUCUGAAUCUCGGUUUUGCCGUGAUUGUUCCUGUAUUCUUUGUUGCAAAACUGUUAGUUCUGCUCAUGGUGGCUACAGUUAUAUCAAGUGCCAAGUAAAUGCUGGUGACGGAAUAUGUGGCCAUGUUGCCCAUGUGGAAUGUGCGCUUCGAUCUCUCUUGGCUGGAACGGUUGGGAAAAGUAUUGGUUUGGAUGCUGAGUACCAUUGUCGGCGAUGUGAUGGGAGGACUGAUCUCGUUUCUCAUGUUGAAAGUCUGCUUCAGACUUGUAAAUCUAUUGAUUUGGACGAUGAAAUUAAGAAGAAGGUUUUGGACCUUGGUGCUUGUCUCUUGCGUGGUUCAACGAAACCUGUCGCAAAGGAGCUGCUGAAUCGUGUUGAAUUGGCAAUCACAAAGCUGCAAUGUGUAACCAAUGGUGAAGAUGUUAAGGAGGGUGACAAUCUUAUGGCCCGUUCUGAAGAUCAUGAUGCUGAAACAAUGGAUGUUACGAUGAAUGAAAGCCCCUCACGUGUUAGAUCAAGGGAGGAAUCUUAUGAUUACCCACGACAAUCGUUGAAACUUGAAGCAGAGAUUGAUGAUGUUCUGGAGACUCUUAGAAAGUCGCAAGAGUUUGAAUAUAAGGUGGCAGAAGAAAGACUCCAUGCACACAAGAUUUAUUUGCGGAAUUUGUAUGAGCAAUUAGACUGUGAAAAGUCUGAACUGGCAUGCAGGAACUCAUCUCGUUCAGAUACCUUGUUUCGUGCUGUCAGGGAAAGGAAGGAACAGAUAAAACGAGAAUUGGUGAAAUUUGAAGACAUGAAAAAGGUGGCCAAUGGUUUUGGUAGGACCUCGAAAGAUAUUAUAAAGGAACACUUUGGCUUAAAAAUGGCAGAAUAGGACUCGCUUUGGAUUAACUUCUGCUGUAUAUAUAGAAUUUUUUCAAUAAUAAAAAUAAGUUCAUAUGAUUCUUCAGUU